AACCUUACUCUGUCUUUGAGACCAUAUGUCCUCUCCCGUCUCCUUCUCCAAAAUCCAUCCUCACCGGCGCUCACUCCGGUCGUGCCAUGUCAGCUAGCCGCGGUGGACCCCACAUCGUCACUCCUUCUCUUCCCCUCACGCGCCUCACCUGAACACCACUCUCCUUCUUCUCCAACAAACCGAACCAUGGCCAGCAACGCCAAGGAAGAGCCCAAAACCGCUCCUCACCCCGAUCGCUGGUACAACCUAACCCUAGGCCCCUCCUUCAAAGACGACUCCUCCAGCAAGUUCUGCACCCUACGAUAUGAAUUUAAGCCGGCGUCGAUUGACAAGACGAAGCCGGGGUCGCUGAAGAAGACGAAGGACAAUAGGGUUACGGUGGAGUUUCAGAACAACCAAUUGGGGAAGCCUAAUGUGUUGUUUAAAGGGAAUAGUGAGGAUUAUAAAGACAACGACGCCGUUUUGUUUUUCGACGGCCAGACGUUUCGGCUUGAGAGGCUUCACAGGGCGGUGAAGCAGCUCCGGCAUGACCGCCAGCCUGGGGAAUCCGCCGGGAUUCCUCUGGAGCCGCAGCUGUCUCCGCCGCCCGGCAAGGUGGCCAAGACGAUGCAUCCUUCUAGAAAUUCAUUCCCUGCCGUGCCGGUUGAGGUGGAACGAAUUGAUAUUGGUGUGCCAGAGAAUUCAGGUGCGAAAUCUGCGAGUAAAGGUGUGGCUGAUUACUCAUUUGAUCAACCAAAUGUCUCUGCUGCUUCGCCAGACCAUAAGGAUGAUGAAGUUGAGGAACAUCAAGAUAUAGAUAUUGAUGAACUUUUUGGUAGCGGAUCACCUGAAGAUGGGAAUGCCGCUGCUGAAAAUAAAUCUAAUGCUGAAUUAGAUAUCAAUAUGCCUCAUCACAACGAGAUUGAUGAUGAGAUUGCUGAUGUAGAUGUUAGUGGUGAUGAAGUUGAUAAGGGCCCAAAUGCUGCAGAAGCCCUUCGAGCCCAGGUAAAUGCGGAGGAGAGUCAUGAGCAGACUUCUUCUUCUACUAGUAGCAGUGGAAGUGGGAGUAGCAGUGGAAGUGGUAGCACCAGCAGCAGCAGUGACAGUGAAGCCAGCGAUGAUGAUUCUGCAGUCAACUCAAUCUGAUACACUGGGGCAGCCGCAGCUGUACUCUCUGUCACAAGGCUGUCCAAGAGUCCCAAAUAGCACAGGGGAGUUGCCCCUAAACCCUAAAAAGCGAAAGAAAACAUAUACAUCCUGUUAUUUGUGAGAUGGUGAUAUGUGCCAGUAUAUGUUAUAACUCUUAAUUUAUAAAGCCUUCCAUGUAUGAAUUGAAACAUUAUUUGAGAAAAUUUUCCAUAAAUGAAUAAUAACUUUUUUGAUGCAUCAAAA